AAGAUGAGAUUACAUUUUAUGAAUAAAACUACUUAUAAAAUUUAUAAGUAUAAUUCUAUUUAAACCAGAUAACAUGUGAAUACAUCAUCCUUAAAGAAGAAAAAUUAUGUCUAAUUUGGAUGUUGAUGCAUACGGUAACUCUGAUAUGAUCUAAAACCAACUGAUUUUUUUUACAUGAAUAACAAUAUAAGCUCACACUUUGAGCAGAUUUUUAUAUAUAGAUGUCCAUAUUAUCAAACUUUUUAGCUUAUUUUGCCAACCAUUUUGGCCUAUCAACUUUAUUCUUCGUAUCUAAUUAAUAUCCUUAUUUGGUGGAUCCUGUCCUUUGCCAAUUUCCAAAGUACUUAAGAGAAACCCAGAGAAUUUUUCUUCUUCAAGUUUGACAACUCUCCUUUAUUUUAUCAAUUGAAAAAAACCAUGAAACAAAAGUAAAUAUACAGUAACCGUACAAGAAAGAGAUUUUUAUUCUCUUUUUUCUUCUCCUUUGUUUCAUUUCUCAGACAAAUAGGAGGGAAAGCGUCUUCAUUCAAUCGAACAAGCUCAUUUCAUCUCUGUCAGAAAGUGGAGAAAGGUCAAGUGGGGAGGUUGUUUCUCUUCAGUCAACCGUAGUGAAUUGGCUUUAAAAUCUUCAACAAGGAGCAAGACAAAAAAACCAGUCCUGAAGGCUGAAGAGCUAUCCCCUUUUAUUUCAUCUGAUUUUUGGUGUUUCUGAGUGGAAGAAAGGAGAAGCUUUCAACCAUGGCUGGAGGGCCUUUAGCUCCAACUGGGGUGGCCAAGGAGAGGGCAGAGCUUUACCAAGGGAGGGUCACCUUUUAUGUGAUUAUUACUUGCAUUGUUGCAGCUGUUGGAGGAUCAAUUUUCGGAUAUGACAUUGGAAUUUCAGGAGGAGUGACAUCUAUGGAUGGAUUUCUCCGAGAGUUUUUCCAUUCGGUGUACAUAAACAAGAAGCACGCCCAUGAAAACAACUACUGCAAGUAUGACAACCAAGGGCUCGCAGCAUUCACCUCUUCUCUAUACUUUGCUGGUCUAGUUGCAUCCUUGGUGGCAUCUCCUAUAACUAGGGUGUACGGCCGUCGUGCAAGUAUAAUUUGUGGAGGACUCAGCUUUCUUGUUGGAGCAACUCUCAAUGCCGCAGCUGUCAAUAUGGCAAUGCUCCUGUUGGGUCGAAUCAUGCUUGGUGUUGGGAUAGGAUUCGGAAACCAGGCUGUUCCGCUGUAUCUGUCAGAAAUGGCACCAACUCAUCUUCGAGGAGCCCUGAACAUGAUGUUUCAGUUAGCAACUACCCUUGGAAUCUUUACGGCAAACAUGGUCAAUUAUGGAACUCAUAAGCUUGAACCAUGGGGAUGGAGGCUCUCUCUGGGCCUAGCAGCAAUACCAGCCACUUUAAUGACGUUAGGAGGAUUCCUUCUUCCUGAGACACCUAAUAGCUUAAUUGAAAGGGGAUCAAAAGAGACAGGAAGAAAAGUCCUGGUGAGGAUUAGAGGAACAGAUCAGGUUGAUGCAGAGUUUCAAGACAUGGUAGAUGCUAGUGAGUUGGCAAAUGCAAUCAAGUAUCCCUUCAGAAACAUCCUUGAAAAAAGGAACAGGCCACAAUUGGUCAUGGCAAUCUGCAUGCCAACAUUUCAGAUUCUAACAGGCAUAAACUCCAUCCUCUUUUAUGCUCCAGUGUUGUUCCAAAGCAUGGGAUUUGAAGGAAAUGCUUCACUCUACUCUUCAGCUCUCACAGGAGCAGUUCUGGCUGGAUCUACAUUCAUUUCCAUUGCAACAGUCGAUAGAUUGGGUCGUAGAGUUUUACUCAUCAGUGGUGGAAUACAAAUGAUUAUAUGUCAGGUCAUAGUUGCCACAAUCUUGGGGCUGAAGUUUGGGGACAAUCAAGAACUAUCAAAAGGCUACUCAAUAUUGGUAGUGACAGUGAUAUGUCUCUUUGUUCUGGCAUUUGGAUGGUCAUGGGGUCCACUAGGCUGGACUGUGCCAAGUGAGAUAUUCCCACUGGAAACCAGGUCAGCGGGUCAAAGCAUUACAGUCGCCGUAAAUCUUCUAUUCACUUUCGUCAUAGCUCAGUGUUUCCUUGCCAUGCUUUGUCAUUUGAAGUUUGGGAUCUUCCUAUUCUUCGCAGCAUGGAUCACUGUCAUGACCAUCUUCGUUUAUGCUUUCUUGCCUGAAACCAAGGGAGUUCCUAUUGAAGAAAUGAUAUUUCUGUGGAGAAAACAUUGGUUCUGGAAGAAGAUUGUCCCUGAAUAUCCCGAAGUUGAUACAAAUGAGACCAUUUAGAAAAACAAAGAAUUUCCUACGAGUACUUGUUUACAAUGUUUGUGUUGUAAUUGCAAUAGUCAUCAAGGUAAUACAGGCAAGAGGAGUUGAUUCCUCCGCCAUGAGAAUGACUAAAGCCACUUCGUUAAAAAACCACUUUCUCAAAGAUUCAUAAAUAAUAUAAAAGAUAAAAACAAAUUGACAGACUACAAGAAAA